AUGGAUCCUGCAGACGACUAUGUGCCGGCCAUCGACGAUCUGAAACCAGAGACUUUCCACGUUGACAACCUUGGUGCCGCGGAGGGCUUGGACGAUUCAAUCGAGACGACAAAUCCUGGCAAGGCAGUAUGGCUGAUUGCGUGCACGGUGUCCAUGGGCGGGUUUCUCUUUGGGUACGACACGGGUGUAAUAUCCGCCGUCCUCGUCAGCCUUGGGACCGACCUCGGCCAGGCUCUGUCCUCUAACGACCAGGAACUUGUCACCUCCAUAACUUCAGGGGGUGCAUUGAUCGGCGCCGUUCUGGCUGGUAUGACUUCAGACAAGUAUGGACGGAAACUGGCUAUUUAUAUUGGUUGUGCGGUAUUCUUCGUGGGAACAGCCUUGCAAGCCACGGCGUUCUCGCUGGCCCAGAUGGUGGUUGGUCGCCUGGUGGUUGGUUUUGGAGUUGGUGAAGCGGCAAUGAUCGUUCCUCUGUAUAUCGGAGAGAUGGCACCUGCCAGAUUCCGUGGUCGACUGAUUGUGUUCGAUAACAUUUGUGUGACCUUUGGCCAGCUUAUUGCCUAUGCCCUCGGGGCCGCAUUCACUAACGUACAUCAGGGCUGGCGGUACACAAUUGCCAUUGGUGCUGUUCCUGCCAUUGCUCUGGCGGCUACAAUGCCCUUGUGCCCGGAAACGCCUCGCCAGCUGAUUUCUCAUGGUCGCGACGAUGAAGCCAAGAGAGUAAUCCGAAAGAUAUUUCCUCAUGCCACGGAACAACAAGUGGUUAACAAAAUCAAGGUGGUUCGGCAUUCUAUUGAAGAGGUUGCCGCCUCCGUAUCAGACAAGAGCCUAUGGUGGCAGAUGAAACAACUUUUCACUGUAGGCGCUAAUUUGCGCGCCCUGGCCACGGCCUGCUCUAUCAUGGCUGUAUCACAAUUAGGAGGAUUUAACACGCUGAUGUACUAUUCCGCCACAUUGUUCUCGCUAGUCGGCUUUAAUCAGGCCACAGCCGUCUCCAUCGUCGUUGGAGCGACGAAUUUUGUGUUUGGAUUCCCCAACUUCGCCUUCAUUGACCGCUUUGGAAGAAGAUCAAUGCUUCUCGUCACCGUGUUGGGAAUGUCCCUCUCCCUGGUGGUCGUUGCCAUCGCAUUCCAUUGGAUCCCUGUGAAUUCGGAUCUGAGCGUCACCGGACCGCACGAGAUGACCUGGGCGAGUAUUCUUCUCCUUGUCGCGCUGAUCGUGUACAUUGCUUUCUAUUCGGCUGGUGUCGCACCUAUUUCCUGGGUGGGCACUGAAUUUCUCCCCUUAGAAGUGCGUGCACUUGGCACAAUGCUGAAUACCGUGACCUGUUGGGGUUGUAAUAUCAUCAUCUCGUCGACGUUUCUGUCCAUGAUGAAGGCUAUGACCCCCAGCGGAGUUUUUGCAUUCUAUGCGGGUAUCUGCUUUCUCGGAUGGGUCUUCGUUAUCUUCUGCUAUGCGGAGGUGCACAAUAUGCCUCUGGAGUCGGUGCGGGAAAUCUACACCCACGGCUUCGGGCGUUUGAUCUGUGCGCAAGAAAGCCAUCCUGGCGCAGAGACGCUGGAUCCACCCCGGCUUCAAGCUUCGGCGGUAGGAAGUAGUCCUGGCGGCUCAGCACUUUUUCUUCACUUUUUAGAUCCCCAGGAAUACUGUAGAAUUUCCUCAGCCAUCCUCUCAGAGGCCGAAUCGGAUGUGCAAACAGGCAGUGGUCCUAGCGCCGUGGCAACCGAAGACCAGAAAGGCCAACAUACCUCAACAACAAUGGCCCAUUCACCAUUCGCUAGAGAGCUUCAAGUGGCCUGUCUCGCCGUCCAGCGAGCCAGCAUAGUCACCAAGACCAUGCUGGCGGAGGCCGAUAAGGGAUCUACGGACAAGGCAGACGCGUCCCCAGUGACCAUAGCCGACUUUGCGUCACAGGCCAUUUUGAUUAGUGCGAUCCGCCAUAACUUCCCCAGCGACAAAUUUGUCGGGGAGGAAUCAGCAUCAGCCCUGCGGAAUGAUCCCGCACUAGCCGACCGAGUGUGGCAGCUGGUAUCCACAACCCAAUUGCAUGAUACCGAGAGCGAAGAGAUCGUCGCAGCCCCCUCGUCGCUAGAAGAGAUGCUAAGCAUCAUCGAUUUGGGCGGCAAUGGGGAAGGAGCCGGCCAUACGCGCACCUGGAUCUUGGAUCCUAUUGACGGGACAGCGUCGUUUAUUCAGGGCCGGCAGUAUGCUGUUUCCGUGGCGCUUGUCGACAAGGGCGAGCAGAAGGUCGGUGUGGUCGGAUAUCCCAAUCUGCACUUCCACAGCACCGUGGUCCACGAAGACACAGUCGAUCGGGAUGGAUACGGGAUCAUGCUGUCGGCAAUCCGGGGCCAGGGUACAUACAAGCGUCCGAUGAGCAAGGAGCGCCUGCAGCCCGCCGUGAAGGUGUACAACGUCCUGGCACGGACCGAUACCGGCCAGCCCGAUCUGGCAUUUGCAGAGAGCAUGGAGAGCCCCUACAUCGAUCAGCGGCUACACCAGGUUGUUCGCGAGAGACUGGGUGUCACCAGGCCCGUUACUGACCUAUGGUCCAUGCAAGCCAAGUAUGCAGCCCUGGUGGUGGGCGGGUGCAACGUGAUGGUCCGUAUCCCCCGAAGCCCCGAGUAUCGUGCCUAUGCGUGGGACCAUGCCGGCGGCAUGCUGGUGUAUGAGGAAUCCGGCGGCAUGAUCACCGAUCUGGACGGUCAGCCUUUCAACUAUGGGCGAGGCCGGACGCUGGCAGAUAACUUGGGUCUGGUUGCCACAUUCCCAGAGAUUCACUCGACGGUGCUGGGACUUGCACGGGAGAUCAGAGGAAGAAAGGUAGAGGGCGGAAUGAAAGACAACACGCAAUGA